AUGCGAACUAUAAAACAAUUGGUCAAGGACGAUGGGCAAAGCUAUCCCCUAGCAGCUGACCUUCUAAAUCAUCGACUAUACAUGGAUGAUCUUUUGGGGGGCAGUAACUCCGUAAAUGAAGCACAGAAAGCUCAGCAACAGCUGAUCGACCUCCUGGCCGGGGGUGGCUUCAAACUUCGCAAGUGGACGAGUAAUUCACCUGAAAUACUUAAAAACUUAACAGAGGAUUUGAUAAGUCUAAAUAUGUUAGACUUCAAACACGCGGAGUCGAACAAAACUCUCGGAAUUACUUGGAACCCAAGAACAGAUCAAUUUACAUUUCAUCCAACAAAAACAAAUGACUCACGAGCAAUUAUCACUAAGCGCUUACUAUUAUCGGAGUUAUCAAAACAAUAUGACCCGCUAGGCUGGUUAUCUCCGGUAACAACAAAAGGAAAGCUCCUAUUUCAACAAGCGUGGAUGUCUUGCACGAGCUGGGACGACGGCCUUCCUGAAAAUAUACAAAAGGAUUGGGAACGAUUUGAACAAGAUAAACAAAACAUUCGAAACAUAACAAUACCUCGCUGGAUCGGAGACACAACGCAGUCCGUAGAAUUACAUGGAUUCAGCGACGCAUCUGAAAAAGCAUAUGGUUGCGUUAUCUAUUGUAGAUCAUGCGAUCAAAAUGGUCAACCGACCAUACAAUUAGUGGCUGGUAAGACAAAACUUGCGCCACUUAAAAAACCUACAUCUCUGCCUAGGCUCGAACUUUGCGGUGCCUUGUUGUUAUCGCGACUUAUGAAAAAGGUCAUAGAGUCAACAAUGGUACAGACUGUCAAGGUAUUUGGAUGGACUGACUCAAUGGUUGUACUGGGUUGGCUCCGUGGUGAUCCAAGUCGAUGGAAAACAUUUGUGGCUAACAGAAUAGCCCAAGUAAAGGAAAUCAUGGGAACAGCAUGUUGGAAAUACGUGAAAUCGGAAGAAAAUCCUGCAGACUGUGCCAGCAGAGGACUAUUCGCUUCCCAGUUACUAACUCACACACUUUGGUGGGAGGGCCCGCAAUGGCUGAAAAAUAACAAGCUACCGGAACAACCAAAAACACCUGAAACAAAGGAAGAAUUGAAAACAGAAAAGGUCGUAUGUUCCACGCAGAAAACAUAUGCUCUUGUGGAGGAACUUCUGAACAAACAUAGCUCUAUGUCACGAAAACAUCCGAUAAUUCUGUCGAACAAGAACCGACUGUGUGAGCUGUUAAUCAAACAAGCACAUGAAGCUACACUACAUGGUGGCGCUAGAUUGACUCUUGCACACCUACAAAAUAGAUAUUGGAUCCUUGGCGGUAUGAACACAGUCAAAAAGCAGCUCAUCAAGUGUGUAAGAUGUCACCGCUUUAAAACAUCAAGAGACAGUCAGCUGAUGGCCGACUUACCGAAACCGCGAGUAACCCCAUCACGCCCGUUCACGCACACCGGUGUAGAUUUCACUGGCCAAGUAGAAGUGAAAGCUAACAAGGGCCGGGGCAUCAAGAUAACGAAGGGGUAUAUCGCCAUAUUUAUAUGUUUGGCGACCAAGGCCAUACAUCUGGAGUUGGUCUCGGAUUUAAGAGCGUGUACGCUCGGCGCGCGAUGUCAACUUUAG